AUGUUUGCGCUUUGUCAAGUUCCUUCAGAUUUUGCUCUGACUCUAGUGCUGGAGCUGGUAUACAGGCGAGUGCUAUAUUCAUCGGACCAGCAGCUCGCGGCUCAAGUUGAUACGGAACAAAAACAGGCCGACCUGAAGGCUUUCGCUGCUCAUGGCUGCUACGGAACGAGUGUAAUUACCGCCUUGACCGCUCAAAACACCAAAGGAAUACAGGGUGUUCAUGCAACUCCACCCGGAUUCGUAGCGCAGCAAAUAACAUCCAUAUUCGACGACUUGGAUGUUCGUGCUAUCAAGACUGGAAUGCUUUUCGAUGCAGCAAUCGCGACAGUGGUUGCUCAAUGCCUCAAAACGCAUGUAGCACAGGGUGCGCUGCCCCCUGUCAUUUGCGAUCCAGUUUGCGUUUCGACCUCAGGCCAUACGCUGUUACAUGAAGAUGCCCUUCAAGUCCUCAUUUCAGAGCUCUUCCCUCUUGCUACUCUUAUCACCCCUAACAAACCUGAAGCUGAGCUUCUCCUAUCAAAAAUGGGUGUGCCGGAUGUUGAAAUCAACAACUUGGAUGACAUGUUGUCAUCCGCGAAGAAACUGUUAUCGGUCGGAUGUGAAGCUGUACUUCUCAAAGGAGGGCAUGUCAUUACCAGCAUUGACGAAGUCGUUUUGGCUCAGGAAAAAUACUCCGGUUUAAAGGUCAUUAAACAGGGCAUGCUAGGAGACAACAUGGAGAUUAUUCUGGUCAACUACCCAGAAAUCGCGAUUGAGAACUUGGAACUGGUCGCAGAUGUGCUCUGUCAAAAAUCUGGCUCAACGACAAUCUUUGUACGCCCACACAUCAAAUCCUCGAGUACACAUGGUACAGGAUGUACUUUGAGCUCUGCCAUUGCCGCGGAACUCGCCAAUGGAUCUCCUUUGGAAGAUGCAGUUGCGAAUGCUGCGUUGUACACACAUCUCGGAAUUCAAGCUGCGGAUCCGAUCGGCAGUGGACAUGGGCCUCUAAAUCACUUUCACAACGUCACGAAAAUUUUGAUUCCACAGCGCACGGAGACAAAUCCGUACCCUUUCACUCGACUCCUCAUUGAAGGUGCCUCAUCCAGUUGGAAAGAUUAUGUCGAGCACGCCUUCGUCAAGCAACUUGGAGAAGGGACUCUCGAUCGAGCUCGAUUUAUUCAUUUCAUCAAACAGGACUACCUGUACCUCAAAUACUAUGCACGGGCAUAUGGGCUCCUUGCCGCGAAAUCAACAUCCUUCGGGUGGAUACGAAGCGCAACAGAGACGAUCCUCAACGUCCUUCACGAGAUUGGAAACCACAAAACGUACUGCUCCACUUUUGGCAUUACAGAGGCUGAACUAGAGAGCACACCAGAGUCAGCAGCUACAACUUCCUACGGUGCCUAUAUCAUGGAUGUUGGCUUGCAAGGCGAUUCUAUGAAAUUGGUGAUGGCGUUGACAGCAUGCUUACUCGGAUAUGGGGAGGUGGGCCUUUGGUUGAAAAAACAAGCCAGCACAAAAAACAGCUGGGUUAUGCUAGAGGGAAAUCCGUACAAACAUUGGAUCCAAGAAUACUCCGGAUCGAUGUACCAGGACGCCGUUAGAAUUGGUUUAGAAACAAUAGAAUCGUACGCCGUAGCCGACCCGCCAUCCGCACAAAGGCUGAAAGAGUGGCAGACCGUUUGGGAGAGAUGUACGAGGUUGGAGAAAGGGUUCUGGGACAUGGCGAUGCAGUUGAGCGAGUAA